AUGGACAAGGUGCUGGCCAUCUCCAUGCCGAGCAUGUCGUCGGUAGACAUCGCCCCCGGCGCGGGCAGCAGCGGCAGCAGGGCUCGGCUCUGCUGGCGGGGGUCGAAGCUACAGGAGGACGAGCAGACUGGAUCAGCUGGGAAACAGGGAAAGCAGGGCGGUCUGCUGGUGGAGGAAGAGCAGCAGCCGGGCAAGGGGAAAUCGCAGUCACCGCUGCCGCGGUUCGUGCCGGAGUUUGAUGGGAUCGACUGCUUUGAGACCAUUGUGUGUCAUUAA